GUCUUUUUCAAUCACCUCAAAGUUGAAUUAUUUUAAGUUAACCUGUCUACGCAAAAGACUCGGAAGAUUGUCGGAAGUAAACACGUAUAAUGACAGAGGACACACAACUACCAGAGUUACAGGUUGUAGAGAUGAAGGAGGUAUUUAGCCUGCUGGACAAGGACUGUGAUGGGCUGAUCCCUGUAGAACACCUAGGCCCUGCUCUGAGAUCCAUGGGGCUCAAUCCGACAGAGGAGGCUGUCAAAGCUGCAGGGGAGGAGUUCAAGUCAAGAGAGAAUCGGUCACUGAAUUUCGAAGAAUGUCUAAAGAUAGCAACAGAGUUAGUGAAGGAGCCUGAUGAAACCGAAGAGAGUUUACGCGAGGCUUUCCGAACGUUUGACAAAGAGAGAAUCGGAUGGAUUGAUAGUGCUGACCUUCGUCAAGUAAUGAUUAACAUGGGUGAACGACUAACAGAAGAGGAGGCAUCUGAUCUGAUAGCGGACGCAAACGGUUUGGACGGACACAUCCAGUACGGAGAGUUCAUCAAACUAAUUUUGAGCGAUCGUUAAGCUUCCCCCAAAGAACCUGGCAAAUUUUGGAGAGGAAUCUCAACUUGUGUCCGUCCAAUGAACGUUAAAUCUUUGUCAUUUAUUCUAUUUUAUAUAUGAAAAAAAAUGGUUCUAUUUCAA